CGGGAACCGGCGAUGCUGGAGAAUGGCUCCCUGAGGAACUGCUGCGACCCGGGCGGGAGAGCCCACUUCGGCUUGGCGGAGCGGGAGGAGGAGGAGGCGGCGGCGGGAGCCCCGCGGCCCGCCUGGGUGGUGACGGCGCUCUCCAGCGUGCUGAUCUUCACCACCGUGGUGGACAUCUUGGGCAACCUGCUGGUCAUCGUCUCCGUCUUCAAGAACCGCAAGCUUCGGAACGCAGGUAAUGCAUUUGUGGUGAGCCUAGCUUUGGCUGAUCUGGUGGUGGCCUUGUAUCCAUACCCACUGGUGCUCUUAGCUAUUUUCCACAAUGGAUGGACGUUGGGUGAAAUUCACUGUAAAGUGAGUGGCUUUGUGAUGGGACUGAGUGUAAUAGGCUCUAUUUUCAACAUCACUGCAAUUGCAAUAAACCGAUAUUGCUAUAUAUGUCAUAGUUUUGCCUAUGACAAAGUGUACAGCUGUUGGAACACGAUGCUGUACGUCUCCUUAGUCUGGGUAUUAACAAUAAUUGCAACUGUGCCAAAUUUUUUUGUUGGCUCUUUAAAAUACGACCCACGCAUCUAUUCAUGUACAUUUGUUCAGACUGCAAGCUCCUACUAUACAAUAGCUGUUGUGGUAAUACACUUCAUUGUCCCUAUCACCAUUGUGAGCUUCUGCUACCUUCGAAUUUGGGUUUUAGUGCUUCAAGUUAGAAGACGAGUCAAGUCAGAAACAAAGCCAAGGCUGAAGCCAAGUGACUUCAGAAACUUUCUUACCAUGUUUGUGGUUUUUGUGAUUUUUGCCUUUUGCUGGGCACCUCUAAAUUUCAUCGGACUGGCUGUAGCCAUUAAUCCUAUGGAAAUGGCACCAAAAGUUCCUGAAUGGUUAUUCAUUAUAAGCUACUUCAUGGCCUACUUCAACAGCUGCCUUAAUGCAAUAAUAUAUGGACUUCUUAACCAGAAUUUUCGGAAUGAAUACAAAAGAAUUUUAAUGUCACUGUGGAUGCCAAGACCUUUCUUCCAGGACACAUCCAGAGGAGGAACUGAUGGUCACAAGAGCAAACCUUCUCCUGCUUUAAGCAACAAUGACCAUGUGAAAACUGAUACCUUGUAAGCAUGUAGUAGUCAAUGCAAGAGUUUGUCAUGGAGAAACCCAAGAAUACAGUGGUAAUGUUCUAGUCAUUCUUGCUAACUUUUGGGGGCUUUCCAUUUAGAUGGCACUUUGUGGUUGGAAUACCGCCUUCUUGAUAAAGCACAUUGCUCUGAACUCAUGAUUUCUACAAGAUAUCAAUUGAAAAUGUAAAUCAGAAUUAAAGGAGCAGGUGAACACAAGCUGUUUGAGUUCUGAGAGCUGACUUCUACUCCAAGACAUAUGAAUGAGGCAUUUUUUUACUUCAGUGGGACUUUUGCAUUCUUUAUACAACAUCAGGUACUUGUCUAUGGGUACAGCAGCUCAUCAAGGCUAUGGAGUGAUAUUUUCCGCCCUGCUGUGUCUGAACAAAGAGGAUGAAGCAGAUGAUAGUCUGUUCUCCACAUACAAGCUAAAUAUCACAUUUCUGUGCAUGUACUGGUGGCAGUAGCAGUAUAAUUGAAUCAAACUUGUAAAUUGGAGAGCAUAUUUGUGUAAAAGCAAAUAUUAACAUUAGAUCCUUUUCUCACAGGUUUUUCAUACUUACAUACAUUGAGAUUGGGAAUACAGUGUAUUUACUUUGUUCAUCUUUUGUGGUCGAUUUUAUGGUAAUACAAAUGGUUGAUUUCUUACACUCGUACUUUAUACAAUAUUCCUCCUUUAGAGAGGAUUGAAUUCUCAUUGUGCUCCAUUUAUUUACCUAAAUAUAUACAUCCAAUGUCAUUUAACGCACUUUAGCACACUUCACACAUUUGCAACAGGCUGGAAAUUAUGGCAUAUGACCUGUAAUUAUCUGAAAUGGCAACUGGUCACCAGGAGGGAUAUCCUAUAUUAUCUUAAAUCACGCUAGACCAAAAGAAGGCGGCCUUUUGACUAUAAUGGUAAUUGAGAUACUCGCUUUGCAUGUCUACAUCUAAUCUUGAAUAAAAUCUGCUGUUGGUGUUUAAUCUAAGAUAACCUUCAAGGUUCCCUAGAAUGGACGUAUGUUUCCUUCCAUCUGUGAUGAUAAACAUACAUCCAAGGAUAAAAUGAUUUGCUUUGUGGAGGUGCUGGUCUCCUUUCAUAGGCUUUAGAAGGAGUUUUGAUUACUAGUUCAAACAUCUCAUUUUGGAUAGCUAGACAGGGAUUUACCUUGCCUAAUUGGGAAUGUCUCCAGUGUGGGUGUUUGCACACAAUGUAUUUUCUAAAGUCUCAUUCUAGCCCAUGGCAUUCUAGGAAAUGGUUAAUUUUAGUUUGAAACAGGCGUAUUCUCCUCCCCAUCCCACUGGGGCAGGGCUGAGGGGAAAUCAGUGCUUAGUUGCUGGAUGGGCUUAAACUACAGCAAUGAUUUCCCAUUUUCUUUUCAAACUCAGCUCAAAUUCAAAGCAGAUUUCUUCUUUUUCAGGUAACACAUCGUAAUAGUAAGCAUACAGAGCAGAUUCCAAUUUGGGCUAUACCCCACAGCAUCGCAGUAAUUUACACAGUGUGGUUUGUAUUAUCUCUAAAUCAGAUUAGGGAUCUGUGUGUAAAUACACAGUCAGUGAAGUUAUUUUAGCAUUAUACCUGAAAUGCACAUUAUUAUUACUAGUGCUGUUCAUGGGAAAGGAGAUGGGCUUCUGGUAAAUCCAUGUCAGGUACUAAAAUAGGAAAAAGAGGAAUUCAGGUUGAUAUCACAUUCCAGUUCAGGUUUCCUGACCUGGCUAUUAUGGAAAGUAUUUCUGUAGUACUGUUAAUUUGUUCAGCCAAUAUACUGCUCCUGAAGUCAGAAAGAUUUAUGAAACAUCACCCUUGUGUUGUUACACUUAUAGAAAAACAAAGAACCACAGUAUUCUUAAUGUUUUAUUUGCUUGCCAAAAGUCUAUGUAAAGUACAGCAAAGUAACAAAUGUGAUAAUUCUUCUAGCUUCUUUCUCGUUCUUCAGAUAAUUUCUAAUAAGCUCUGAAGUUCGGUACCCUAGGACUCAUAGAGUAUUAGCCUGAUGAAAGCUGAAUAGGGAUAAGAAAAAGAUGGGACAAAUUUAACCUGGUGGUAGAUAACAAAAGUAUCGUAGCUAAAAGUAGCAAUCAUUAAUACGUAGGUUCUACUUGGAACCUACCCACUAAUAGGUGAUAUGGUUAUAACAUGAUUUGAAAGUAUGUUCAGGAAUGACAUAUCAGCUCUAUGCAGAUUUAUAUAUCUUUGAGGAAAUAAUUAUUUCCAUUAUAUAAAAGUAUUUAUACCAGCAUAUCAGAUACAGAGACCUUAAGAAGGAGGAGGAGGAAAAUCAGGCAAAUCUAAGGCCUUGGAACAAAAUCUGUUGCCAGAAAAUUUGGAGUGUUUUCAAGCAUUUAAAGUUAGCUGUUAUUUUCUGUUUAUCAAAAGAAAUAAGUCUACUCUAGAAUUGUUCUUACAAUAGAGCCCUGAUUAAAAAAAA